CACAACCAAAACCAAAACCUAUCCUUUGGGACAUCAUACUUCCCAUACAAAAGUCUCUUACCAUAUACCCAGACCCAGAGACAGUCACCACAUCAUCCUCCUUGCUCCAUACAUUCUCCUCACAAACAGAGUCACCAUGGCUCCCAGCGCAAUCUCCAGCCCUCCGGUCUCCACGGCCCCCUCCACCUCCGACAUCGCCAGCUACAAGGGCUACGACCACGUAGAAUGGUACGUCGGCAACGCCAAACAAGCCGCCUCAUACUUCAUCACACGCAUGGGGUUCAAGCGCAUCGCCUACCGCGGCCUUGAGACCGGCCACCGCACCGCCUGCUCCCACGUCGUCCGCAACGGCGACAUCACCUUCAUCCUGACCUCCCCUCUCCGGUCCCUCAGCCAAAUAGAGCGCUUCACGCCCGAGGAGCAGCACAUCCUGCGGGAGAUCCACGAGCACUUGGAGAAGCACGGUGACGCUGUCAAGGAUGUGGCGUUCGAGGUCGACUCCGUCGAUGCCGUGUACCAGGCUGCUGUGUCCAACGGAGCCAAGAUGGUGUCGGCGCCCCAGAACCUGGAAGACAAGGAUGGACAUGUUCGGGUGGCCACGAUCCAGACGUACGGAGAGACGACGCACACCCUCCUGGAGCGGAAGUCGUACCAGGGGGCGUUCUUGCCCGGAUAUCGGUAUGAGAGUGGUGCGGAUGACCCGAUCACUGCGCUGUUGCCCGGUGUGCAUCUGAACCGGAUUGAUCACUGCGUGGGAAACCAGGACUGGGAUGAGAUGGAUCGGAUCUGUGAAUACUAUGAGAAGACCCUCGGCUUCCACCGUUUUUGGUCUGUCGACGACAAGCAGAUCUGCACUGAAUUCUCCGCCCUCAAAUCCAUUGUCAUGGCCUCCCCCAACGAGAUCGUCAAGAUGCCCAUCAACGAGCCCGCGCACGGCAAGAAGAAGUCGCAGAUCGAGGAAUACGUCGACUACUACGACGGCGCGGGUGUGCAGCACAUCGCUCUCCUGACGGACGACAUCAUCCGCGAUAUCACCAACCUCAAGGCCCGCGGUGUGGAGUUCAUCAAGGUGCCCGACACGUAUUACGAAGACAUUAAGAUCCGGUUGAAGAAGGCAGGACUGGUUCUCCACGAGGACUUUGAGACGAUUCGCAGCCUGGACAUCCUGAUUGAUUUCGACGAGGGGGGUUAUCUGUUGCAGUUGUUCACUAAGCAUCUGAUGGACCGCCCGACCGUCUUCAUUGAGAUCAUCCAGCGGCAUAACUUCUCCGGCUUCGGGGCUGGGAACUUCAAGUCGUUAUUUGAGGCGCUGGAGCGGGAACAGGAGCUGCGGGGGAACCUGGUGUAAGCUUGUUAGGUGGUGGUGAAGUUGGG